GAUAAACAUUAGCAUGUAAAGGCUAGUGGAGGAAGGAGAGUGGGUCGCACUCAUGGUCCCAUGAACGUUAUUCCAUAUUCCAACUGCAUUUCUAGCUUCUGGAAAAUCGAACGUUACUCUCCUUUCUCUCUCUAACACUCCAUCCUAAGCCCUUUCUUUCUCUUACACUCCAUCCUAAGCCCUUUCUCUCUCCUCUCAUCUCUUCCUCUCUACUUCCGGCUAUUGAUCGAAAACGCGAAGAUGUUAGACGGAUUGCUUGGAAGAAGUGGAUUCUACACUAAAUGUAAAUCUUUGAUUAAGCAGACACGAACGCGAAUCGAGGUUGUUCGACGAAAGAGAAGUGCGACACAAAAGUUUCUUAGGAAGGACAUUGCUGAUCUGCUUGCUAAUGGCUUAGAGAAGAAUGCUUAUGGGAGAGCAGAUGGGUUGGUUUCGGAAAUGAUUCUUGCUUCGUGCUAUGAUUUUAUUGAUCACGUUUGUGAAAUUAUAUUGAAGCACCUUCCAGUUUUGCAAAAACUCAGGGAUUGCCCUGAGGACUGUAGGGAGGCUGUAGCAUCCUUAAUGUUUGCUGCAGCCAGGUUCUCAGAUCUACCUGAGCUGCGUGAACUCAGAGACUUGUUCCAGGGAAGAUAUGGAAGUUCUGUGGAGUAUUACGUAAAUCAAAAGCUUGUCGAAAAUUUGUCCUCACAACCCCCUUCAAUGGAGAAAAAUGUUCAACUGCUGCAAGAAAUUGCAUCUGAGUUUUCACUAAGAUGGGACAUAAGGGGGUUCGAAGAGAGGAUGGCUAAUGCUGAGCAGAAACACCAGAAAACACCUGAGACUCAUGCUGUUCAGAGUAGAAGCUCGACACCUGUCGCUGAAGAAACUGUCAGGGCGACUGUCAAAAACGAUGUUUUGCUGAAGAAAAGGAGUGAAGCCUCUUAUCAAGGUGGAGAAAGACAAGUUGAUGACAGACAGCAGACAGUAACCAGGAGGGAUGUUCUUGAGCAAAAGGAUGAAGUGAAGUAUGAUGUUUCUAUAGCACCAGAACUCUCUCACAACAGGUACAAGCCAUUGUCGUAUAGAGAAGAGACUCUCCAGAAGAGAGAGGACCGUGACAAUAAUUUUCAUAGGAGAGAGAAAAAAUUUGAUAGAUCUAUUUCCAAGGAUAAUGGUGCUAAAGAAACCUUUCAUGCUGGUAAUUUAUCUCAUGGGAAAAGAUUUGAACCUACUGAUGGCCGACAUGAACUGGGUAGACACAGGCAAAUGAACACAGCAGAAAGAGAUGUUUUCAAAACCUUGUCAUCGGUAACACCUGAUAAACAACAUCUAGUCAGUAAUAUUUCCCCCACAUCUGUCAAGAAUGAACCUGCUGAAAACAUCCAUGUCAAAAUUAUGAGAAAGGUGCAAGAAGAUAUAACAGAUGGAUCUAAGUCCAAAUUCAGAGGUGGUAUUCCUCCUCCAUAUGUGAAACCACAAAAGAGUAAGCAUAGAGUUGAUGCAGAAGAGAACGACACUUUAACCUUCCAUCCAAAGGGCAACAGUAAUGGGUCAGGAAAACCCCCAACUAAACCCGAUUUCCCAGAUGCCCAUGAAAAUAUGAAUGGUAACGAACGUUUCACGGAAAUUUACUAUAAAGAUGAAGGUGGCAUUGAAUCCACUCCUAGACGAAGAUCCCAUCGGAGGAGACACUCACGAUCUGCGUCCACUCAAGAUGCUAAAGUAAAUGGUGAGGUGGGAAAGGAAGAAAGGGUUGUCAGACGAGUUUCUACUAGUAGAAGAAGAAAUGAAUCAAAAAAAGGCCUCCAGGUAGUGAUUGAUGAUGACCAUUACGACAAGGUUGACGAGGAGAUGAUGAUUGACAAGCUAUUACUUCACUACUGCAAGAAACCCUCAUCUCGUGAUUUAGAAAAGCCAAGGAGACAUACCAAGAGCAGAACGAAAGAUGCAUUGAAGUCUCCCAUUCAUGAAGCUUCAGCAGCCAACAGUAUCUUAGAUGAGGAGAAUUCAACCCCAAGGAAGGAGACUUCUAGAUCGAUGUCAUUUCCUCCUCGUCAAGUGCCCCAACCCGAGCAACAGAAGGUGUUUGUUCGUGCUGCUUCCUUCCAGCCAGACAGUCCUGCAAAGCAUGUGCACCCCAAGCUUCCCAACUAUGAUGAUUUAGCUGCACGCUUUGCUGCCCUAAGAGCAAACAAAGACUGAAAUCUCCAAUGGUAAUCGUCUCAAACUUUCUUUUUAAAUCAGACGAAGAAAAUCAACCCAACAGAGUACAUUUACUCUCUUGGUGAUUGCGGUAUGUGUACGAUAUUCAUUAGCUCCACACAUUGUCUUGCUCACACGAGUCUAUUAUAUUGAACAUUUUUCUUAUAAAUUUGAUGUUUACCAUUUGCAUAUUGACAUGCGGUAAGAGAAAAUCUAACAUGAUCAAAGAAUUAUGAUACAUCUACUUUAGGAGUAGUUGUAGAAUUGGCAUAUUAAUUUUUUAUAAAUUUUUUCCUAAUGAUUUAGAGUGUACAUCAAUUCUGUAUUGGAUUUACAAUAAUUUUAUCAUCUAUUAACACUAAACGCAUUGUU